AUGGAUUGCAGGGUUUCCGCAUGGCACACGGCCAAUCCAAAUGGUUCAGAAGGGUGGGAUGCUUUCAGAAAAAGCUUGGAACGAGAGCCAAGAGGUUCUCAAAUCAGUGCACAAAUCCUUGUCUCUUACCCACUGUCGCAGGUGGAUGGUUUGGGAUAA